ACAGUAGUUAAACUGGAGAACUAUGUGGAACUGAGUAAGCGGCUUUCGUGGCUGCUACGCCAUGGGGCUGUUAGAGAAGGUUUGCCUAUUGAUCCAGGCGGAUUUGUGGCUGUAGACGCAAUACUUAAACAUCCGAAAUACUCCCACGAUUUCAGUUUAGAGCGAUUAAAAAUUAUUGUCGCCAAGGAUAGAAAGCAACGCUACACACUGAACCAAAGCGGUAGUGGAAUAUAUAAAAUACGGGCUAAUCAGGGGCAUUCAAUGGUUGAAGUGCAAGACUCUCAAUGUUUGCAGCGCAUUCAGAAUACUGAUGAAGUGAAUAUAGCUGCACAUGGAACGUACUAUCGGCAUUGGCCGCAAAUAUUGGAAGAAGGACUUCGACCAAUGGGUCGCCUACAUGUUCACUUUGCCAUGUUCGAUGACAUCAGCAAGUCGGAGCGUUUGAAUAGUCCAAAAAGUGGCUUUCGCAGGGAUUGCGAGUUAUUGAUCUACUUAGAUGUUCGCAAAAUUAUGGAUAAUGGUGGAAUGGAGUUAUAUCGUUCAUCAAACAAUGUCAUACUAUGUGCGGGUAGCAAUGGUUGCAUACCAAAAGAAUAUUUCCUCAAAGUUGUGGACCGUCGUACUGGAAAAAUGUUGACAUUUUAGUUGCUAAAUUAAAUUUAUUUUGUUGUUCAGCUGCAGAAUACAUGAAUCAUGGUUGACCUGUAACUCAUUAUAUAUUAUAUUGUUAUAUAAUAUUUU